CUUUGGUUUAACUGGGUUCUUUCAGUCAGUAGUCAGCUGCAAGUUCGUGGUUUAGCGGAAAUUUGUAUGAUAUUCUCCAGAUUGCAGAACUAAAGCAAUGGACCAGGAGCCAGCUACGUGGAUAAAAAAUGAGGAAACGGACGAAGUGAAAACAGAGUUACCCUUCAUGGCCCAAGUUUACCCAUUCAGCAUGAAUGUAAAAGAAGAGUUGGAGGAGGGUGCAAAUAAAGAGUCCAUUGAAGAUCCAUUGGGAAUAUCAUGGUCCACUGAUUUUAUCAAGGAGGAUCCUGAAUUAAAUUUGGAACUGAGUGUAGCUGAUAAUAUUGUGGAAACCUCAACAAGAUACGCAUCUGAUAGUGCAAGAUUGACUCAGUGUACUGGUGGGAGCAGUGGCAUAUCAUGUGAAGAAACUUGUCACCAUAGACUGGUCCAGGAUGAGUUCUUGAUAGACAUGGAGAAGUCAACACACAAGUUUGGUACCAAUACAGAAGAUAUGACUGUUGAUAAGAACUGCUCAGUUGCCAUGCGAUAUAACUGUAGUACGUGGGAAAAGGAAUUACAUGUAUAUAGCUGUAAUUUCUGCCAACAGAGCUUUCCUUCAAAAUACAGAUUCAUAAAGCAUGUGUUUAUUCACAUUGAUGGUAUGCUACCACCUUUAUAUGUUUGUAAGUGGUGUGGUGAGGUAUUUCACAGUAAUGUUAGUUUGAAAAAACAUUUGCGAAUGAGUGAGAAUUACCAUUUCUCAACGGCUGGCAACCAUGAAAAUUAUGGCUAUAGCGAUGAGCAUCAAAGCACUAGCUUCUCAGAUAGUGAGCCAGAAGUUUCUGUCACAGAACUCAAUAAGCUGAAUUCAUACAAGGAAACAUGGAAAGCUGCAAACAAGUCUGAUAAUGACAUAGGUAACACACUUCUGACAAAUGAUACAGAGGAAACAAAUCAUUAUGGAACUUUAUCUACAACUGUUAAUGUCAGUUUCCAGGGUAAUCUACUUACUGCAAACAGAACCCACAAAUGUGAUAUUUGUGGCAAAUCUUUUUCUGGUGCAGGCAAUCUCAAGAAACACGGAUUAAUUCACACUGGAAAGAAACCUCACAAAUGUGAGAGUUGUGGGAAAUCUUUUGCUUUUCCAAGCGAUCUAAAGCAACAUGUAUCAUUUCACACCGGAAAGAAAUCUCACAAAUGCGAUAUUUGUGGGAAAUCUUUUGUUGUCUCGAGCGAUCUCAAGAAACACUUAUUAAUUCACACUGGAAAGAAAUCUCAUAAAUGUGAGAUUUGUGGGAAAUCUUUUGUUUUGUCAAGCGGACUCAAAACACACAUAUUACUUCACGCUGGAAAGAAACCUCAUAAAUGUGAGAUUUGUGGACAUUCUUUUGCUGGUGCAGGCAAUCUCAAGAAACACGGAUUAAUUCACACUGGAAAAAAACCUCACAAAUGUGUGAUUUGUGAUAAAUCGUUUACCCGGUCAGCUAAUCUCAAGGUACACACAUUAAUUCACACUGGAAAGAAACCCCACAAAUGCGAUAUUUGUGGGAAAUAUUUUGCCCAGUCAGCUUAUCUCAAGCAACACUCAUUAAUUCACACUGGAAAGAAACCUCAUAAAUGUGAGAUUUGUGGGAAAUCUUUUGUUUUGUCAAGUGGACUCAAAACGCACAUCUUACUUCACACUGGAAAGAAACCUUACAAAUGUGAGAUAUGUGGGCAAUGUUUUGCUGGUGCAGGCAGUCUCAAGAAACAUGGAUUAAUUCACACUGGAGAGAAACCUCAUAAAUGUGAGAUUUGUGGCAAAUCGUUUACCCAGUCAGCUAAUCUCAAGGCACACACAUCAAUUCACACUGGAAAGAAACCCCACAAAUGCGAUAUUUGUGGGAAAUCUUUUGCCCAGUCAGCUUAUCUCAAGAAACAUGCAUUUAUUCACACUGGAAAGAAACUUAAAUGUGAGAUUUAUUGGUAAUCUUUUGCUUUCUCAAGCGUUCUCAAGAAACAUAUCACUUUACACUCGAGAGAAACCUCGUACAUGUGAGAUUUGUGGGAAAUCUCAAGACACACUAAUUCACACUGGAAAGAUACCUAAUAUUUGUGAAAUUUGUGACAUCGUUUGCCCAGUUAGGUUAUCUCAAGAAACAUACUUUAAUUCACAGUGGAAAGAAACAUCACAAAUUUGAUAUUUGUGGGAAAUCUUUUGUUAGGGCAGGCUAUCUCAAGAUACAUCAUUCAUAUACGCUGUGAUGUAGUGAUCAUUCUUAGAUCAGCUUAUCUCAAGGCAGAUGCAUUAGAACACAUUGGAAGGGGACCCCACAAAUGUGAUAUGUGACAAAAGGUGCACUCAGUUGGGUACUCUCAAGACACAUGCAUUACUGCACAUCAGAAAGAAACUACAAGCAAGUGGUAGUUUAUGUAAAUAGGUUUUCAUGGUUGGUGCCCUCAAGGCCUGUAAAAUAAUGGAUGAAGCAAGGGGACAAUAAAUUAUAAUGCCUGUGAAAUAACAUAAAAAUGUGGUUUAAUUGUGAAACAGUGUGCAAUAAUGUGUACUAUAGAUUGGUAACAGAUAAUGUGAUGAUAUAAUUCAUAUCUGCAACUUGAGACAUCAAGAAAUUGUAUUACUAAAUACUUCAGAAAUAGGAAUCAAAUGUAUAUUUGUCAUUAACACUUACGUUCUUCUAUCAGUCUCGAGACAGGAAGAUUGUGUAUUGUGAUAAAUCCAUAUGUUUGUCAGUAAUCAUAAGUACCUUGCAAUAUUCAGUAUAAUUCCAAGGAUGUGUGUUGACUUGCAUAGUCAUCAUGUAGUACUUGUUACUCUGUAUUUUAGAAACAGUGACAGUAAAAAUAUAUUAAUGGCACCUCCUUCAUUCACGCUAGUAGACUUAACACUGGAGAAACAUGGUUAUAACAAUUAUUUUACUCAGAGAUAUGUUUUCUCAAGAGAUGUCAGUAAACGUAACAACAAAUAUAGCAAUGUGCUUAAUAGCAUGUUUGUGCACCUUCGGAACACAAUACUUCGACAGUUCUUCAUGAUAUGGACUUGACAUGUCAUUUAUGUGUUUCGGGAUGAAUGUUAUACCAUUUGCAUUCCACAUGUUCAGAUCAGCUACAUGGUGUGGUCAAGAUGUGUUAGGUACCAUGCUACUCAGACCACUGUGGAGUCGUUCUGUACAUGUCUGCACGUGUGACAUGGACAGUUAUCCUCCUGGAAGAUGCCUUCACCAUGGGAGAUAAUAUCCUGGCAUGAAGGAAGCUAUGCGGUAGCUACAAAGGUCACAGCCGGCAACUGUCAUGAUCCCUUCAAUUACUACCAGAUGUCCCAAAGGAGCCCGAGUGACUGUCCCCAUAGCAUAAUGGGCACUCCACCUGGUGCCAUUCACCUAGAUAUAGCAUAUCUGAAUGUGGCAGCUGACCUGGUGUAACAGGAAAUGUCAUCCAUCCUGACAGUUGACAUUUGCAUUGACCUUCAUUAUAGCCUCAAUGAUCCCUUGCCCACUGCAAUUGCAAUUGAACAUUUUGGUGGAUUGGUAUGGAAACAUACAGUUACCAUAUGUUGUGGAGCCCUGUGUUCAACAAUGUACAUUGAAUUGUGGGUUCAGAAACGUGCAUGGCUGCUCAAGCAUUGUUUUCUGUAAUUAGAUAUGCUACAUAUUGCCACAUGUCCAGCUUCACAGAGCAGGCAAGCCCCUGACCUCCAUGAUUUGUGAUGGAUAUGUGCAUUACAUGUUCUCAUAAGGUUAUUGAUUUAUCACCUUUCAGCCACUUUCCACAAACGUUCACAACAGUAGCAUAGAUCCAGCUUCACCACUUUUGAGGUUCUAGUUCCCAACUGCAAUGCCACUGUAACCUACUCUUUAAUAAAGUCACUUAUGUCAUUGGGCUUACAUGUUCGUGACCCAUGUAAUUGGUAGAACAAUUCCUUGUUAAUUUCUGGUCUGCUUGUAUACUUGUAAUCUGCUUAUUGCAUCAUGUAUGUACAACAUGUGACAUUCAUUCUCCUCACAGGGAGUAUUCAUGACAUUUUUGCUCAUCAGUGCAUCUUCACAUAAAUGGGUCAGAUGCUAAAAUGUGUAAUCUAAUAAAUUCAUUGUUCUUGGCUGCCCUUUACACCAGUGCACAAUAGCUAUAUUUUUUGCAAAUUUUUUUUGUUUCACAGAGCUCUUUACAUGAUUGAGAGAUGAUGUAGAUAAGUGUUAUGCACUAAAGGUCCUAAUUAUUUUUUCAGUAUUUAAUACCAUGUAAGUUCUACACAAAAUGAAAUAGGUAAACAAACAUUAGGUCUUAUGAUUCGAAUCCAGUUAUUCGUAUACACAAGUACAACACUUGGGAGAGCUCAGAACAUGAGUACUAAAUAUUUCCUGCAUUUUAUUCAAAGAUGUUUCCAUUGUGGAUAGUUUC